GGUCGUUUGACCACGGUGAAUUGUAUACGUCUACCAAUACUACGUUUGUGUUACCUACUUCAACGCAUCAUGGAGAGAUCAUUCAGCUUCGCAGACGAUAAUGUAAAUACCUAUAAACAGUAUUACUACUCGCCUCUUUCUCCCCAACACGAAGAAGAGAGUGAUGACAUCGUUGUUAAUAACACAGGCGAUGGUGGAAAAAGGAAAUCGCAACCGAUUGAUACAUUUUUUGAAGUGGCACCAAAAAUAAAAAGGAGGAAGCUGCUAUCGUCGACUGUGGCACGAGCUGUUAAAGAUGGCGUAUCAUACAUCUCUACAAAUUCUGACGACGGAGGCCAAGCGACGCAUCUCAUAAAAAUUGAAAUGUAUGAUAUGAAGAAACUAUCCAAGAUUCCAACUAGUGAUCACUGGAAGCAUGCUACCACGAGGAUUAAAUAUUACGUAAAGAAUUAUAAGGAUAGCAUUUACGACAACACAAAUGGUCUCGUAUACAAUAUUACAAAGACAAUAGCAGAAAGUGAAAAAGUAAAAAAAUACUUUUUUAACAAUGACAGUCACUCAUUAGUGGACUAG